AUGACACUGGAGCGUGGCACCGCGAAGACAAAGGCGGAGACGAAAACUGAUGUAUGGUCCACGGCUAUCGCGACGAGUGUCGAAGGUGGAAUUGCAGUGGAAGGGUUUGGCGGCGUAAAAGCCUCCAUUGCAAAAGAGCAAUCAGAGAGUUUUGCCAGGUUAUAUGCAACUGAGUUUUCUUCCGAGACACUGGAGCGAUUUUCAAUCACCUUCAGUGCGGAGUGUGAAGGGAAGGCGCUCUGGCAAUGGCCGUUCGGCACAGUUGAUCCUUAUGCCAACCAAUUGACCACCUUCACUUCGGACUACGCCAUCACCGAAACAAGGGGCGAUCCUCCUCGUUGUCAGCCAGGCUUUUCUCAGGGCACGACGGUCGACUACCAGAAAUGUUCCUCCGAUGAUCGCUUGUUGCCUGGGUUUGAAACUGGCGGUUACGGAACUAGCGACGCUAGCAUUACUGGCGCCGCUAGCAUUACUGGCGGUGACGGAACCAGCGGAGCCAGCAGUAGUGUUGCAUCGCUCGCCGCUUUCAUGUUCACUUCUGCUGCUGCAGCUGUCCAAAGCCUUCACUAA